AUGCUGCACACGAGGACCCUCGCCGUCGCUGCAGCAUCGCCUCUCCUCGUUGAAAGUAUCUUAUCAUCCUGGUUGCUUCGCGUGCCUGGCAGCCAUGUUGCGCCCAAGCGUUCCAUCGGCGAUCGUGCCCUCAACCGUGGCGAGAUAUCGCGCGAGGACAUGCUCGAGAGCUACCAGAAGAUACGGCAGAAGUACAAGUGUAACUAAGAAACUUCCUCAAGACGUGAAUCCAAAAGGAGUAUUCGCCUGCAAUGAGCUCGACUUGAAAGAGGUCCAAGUUUAUGGAUUCGAUUAUGAUUACACAUUAGCUUGUUACAAACCAUCCAUGGAUUACUUAUUGUACAACCUUGGACGAGAUAUGCUGAUUCAAAAGUACAAGUACCCCGAGGGAAUCGGCAACCUCGAGUACAAGAAGGAUUUCGCUGUUCGUGGCCUCCAUUACGACAUCGAAAAGGGUCUGCUGCUGAAACUCGACAGCUUCUUGCAAAUUCAAUUUGGCACCGUUUACCGCGGUUUGCAUCCAGUACCCGACGACGAGGUCCUCAGACUCUAUAAAAACCGGAUAAUACCGAUCGCUUAUGUAGAAGCGCCUAAUAAACAUUCUCAUGACGGACCACACCGAACGAAAAUGGUUCAAUUGGCUGAUUUAUUUUCCGUGCCGGAAAUGGGUCUUCUGUGCAAUGUCACGGAAUACUUCCUUCGAAAUCAUAUCGACUAUCAUCCCGAAAUACUUUUCAGAGAUGUGAAGAAUUCUGUACAAAGUUGUCAUCCUAUAAUGCAUGGUAUGGUAGUACAGAAUGUCUCUGAAUAUUUGGAGCAAAACAAGGAUUUAAAAAGAUUUUUUGAUCGACUUAAGAAAGCUAAUAAAAACAUGUUUUUAGUAACAAAUAGCCCCUUCCAUUUCGUCGAUACUGGAAUGAAAUUUUUAGUUGGUGACGAUUGGAAAGAUUAUUUCGAUGUAGUAAUAGUGCAAGCAAGAAAACCAAAGUUUUUUACCGAAGAAUCUCGACCUCUUAGAAUAUACGAUGAAAUUAACAAAACACAGUUAUGGGAUCGAGUCACCAAACUUGAGAAGGGAAUUAUAUAUCUUGAGGGUACGGUUAAACAAUUACAAGAUAUGACCGGGUGGCGGGGACAGCAAGUAUUAUAUUUUGGUGAUCAUCCUUACAGCGAUUUAGCGGACGUAACAUUGGAACACGGUUGGCGAACUGGAGCUAUAAUUAAAGAAUUGACGCAUGAGAUUUCAACGUUAAAUAAUCCAAAAUUUAAAGAAAAUGCAAACUGGUUGCAAAUGCUGACAGGGUUGAUUGAAGAACAUCAAGAUUAUGAAGGACCAGAUGUGCAAACUGUACUUGACGAAUGGAUCAAGGAAAGAGAUAAAUUAAGAAACGAGAUAAAACGAGUAUUUAAUGAGCAAUUUGGUUCUGUAUUCAGAACAUAUCAUAAUCCAACAUACUUUUCGAGAAGACUUUUCAGAUUUGCUGAUAUUUAUAUGAGUUCAAUUACAAAUUUAGUAGAAUAUUCAACACAUCAUACCUUUUACCCCAGAAGAGGUGUAAUGCCACAUGAAUAUACAAGUUAUUUUGUAUAAUACAUAAAAUAUUUAGAUUUACAAUUGAAGAUAUCUAAUGCUUUGGAGCGUGGUAGGAGUUUAUACAUCAAAAAUUAAAAAUAAAUCAAAUCAAAAUUUCUAAAUGGAAUAACAAUGUUGAAAAUUAGAUAUUUAAAACGCAUUUGCGUUUUAUGUAUAUAAUAAGAGAAUGUUAGACUGCUUAAUGCGUUAUGCAAGGAUAUCCAUACAUUUAUAUAUGCAUCAUUUUUUUUCUAGAGAAAAUAAUUUACAAAAGUUCCAUUAUAGGAUUCGUUAAAAUGAAUUAAUAUAUAGUAUAUAUGUUAUUAUUUAGAAUAUCCAAAGAUUGUUAAAAAUAAAUACAAAAAACUACAUAAAAUAUUAAAAAAAAAAGUAGAAUAGUAUUCUAGGAAAAAAUGAAGUGACCUACACAGAACAAUAAAAAAAAAAAAUGUACUGCUUAGUCAGCAUUAAAAACUGUUCUAUUUGAAAUAUUUCUUUCUUUUUAUGGCAAGCAAAUACAAGUGUACGUAAUUUAUUCAGGUACAAAAUUUGUUAUUCUAAAUGUUAAAUAUGAUGUUCAUUAUCAAAGAACAUAUACCAUAUACCAGAUAUUGUAAAGGAGAAAUAUAAAAAUUGAUAUCGAUACUCUAUGAUAUUGUUAUAAAUAACAAAGUACAAUUUAUAGGGUUCCUAAUAACUGUGAUUCUAGUUUUGAAGUUAACAGCAAAUAUAAGGUGUUUUUUUCAUUUUUACUACCUGAAAUAUUUGCGCUGCAUUAAAGGUUGAAUAAAAAUACUUAUUUGUUUCAGUUCUGAUCUUUUCCUCAAUGCAAGAAAUAUUUCAUUUUAAUAGUGCAACAUUUACUAAAGAAAUAAAAUACAUAAUUUAAAGAAUAUAUUUUCAAAGAAAAUAAUAAUGUCACAUAUCAAACUUGUAAAAGUGAACAAUCUCGUUUAUGUAACAUAUUUUAAACACUGCAAAUAUUUUAGAGAAUAAAAACAAAGAAAUCACCCUCUAUGCAUAGUUUCAUCUAGAUUCUAGGUUAAUAUUAGAAUUUUACGUUAUACAAAGAAAAUGUAAUACAUCGAAUUAGAUUAUAUUGAAAUUACUAAUAUACAAACGAGAAAGGAUUCCAUUAAAUAUUUUGCUUAGUGAAGUAGUAUGGUAAUUUAGCCAAACUUAUUUCCAUUAAAUGCAGAUGUGUUCAAAUGUACGUAAUAGUCAAUAAAAUUAAAUUUAGACAAAAUUAUUAUAACUUAUUUAAUAUUUUUAUUUAUUGCCGUCAUCAAUUUAGAUUUACUUCAAUUUCCAAUAUUUGUUUCACUCUAAAAUAUUUUCAUCAUUUUUUCAUAAAUUAAUGAUAAUAAUUUUCAUAAUUUAAUCAUUAUAUAAUAAACUGCAGCAUUAUUUUAGCAAAUAUUAUAUGAAAUAAAUAACAAAAAAAAAAUCAACGAGAAAUAUAAAAUGAUGCAGUUAUACGAGUAUUAUGAUAUAAAUGAUAGUCUUAAAAAAAAAAUUUUUAAAUUAAUUUCCCUUUAUAAUGUUAUUGUUCUUAUUAAAUUAGAAAUAAAUUUUGAUAUAAUAUAAAAUAUAAAUUAUAAACAAUAUUAAUAUUUUAAAAAAGUACAGAAUUUCUGUAAAUUCUGAACUGUUGAAUCUUUUCAACAGUUUCUUUUGUUUAAAUCUUGGAAUUGUAAAUAAAACAAUAAUUACGAAAUUAAUUUUGUAAACGUGAAAAAAUUCUUUUAAAUUCAGUACUUUUUUAUAUAGAUAAACUAA